AUGUCCGACUACACCGGCCCCGGACUGUACGAAAUCCUGCCCAGAUAUGCUCCGGAGAUGAGCUUGAACGUCUGGGGCGCAGCAGAGACAGCCGGCACGCAAAUCGUAGCAGCAGGAGGCACAGACGCCAAGCCCGAAAAAGGCGAUCGUGAAUACCAUAUCAUCGCCGCCUGCUCUGGCCUCUAUCUGACUUCGGCCGGGCCAAAAGCUGGUUACAUCAAGACGGAGCUUCGCAAGCCGCUCGACAGCACCAUCCGCUGGAAGAUCGUGCACUGCGGAAACGGUUCUUACCGUAUCAACAAUGUCGAUGGGAAGACGCAGCUCAAUGUCGCUGGUGGUGGCAAGACCAGCGGUACCGACAUGAUUGGCUGGCAAUUUUCUGACGGCUCUGAGAACACGGAGUUCCGUCUCAUGGCUGUUUAA